AUGUCUGCGCCCACGCCUCCCCGGCCGCCCGUGUCGCCCGACUCUGGCCCAACCGACGCCGCCCUCCCCAAGCUGCCCUCAGGCUGGAUCGCUCAAUGGGACAACACAUCGCGAAAGUAUUACUACGUGCAGAUCAGCACCGGUGUCUCGCAAUGGGACCUCCCAACUAGCGAAGCCCCUAUCGGCGGCUCCAACCACGGCACCCCCGCGCAGAACACAAACCCGUACAACAGGCCCGCCGACGGCACCCAGGGCCCGGAUGUCGGCGACGGCACAAGAGGCGUGGACGGCCCGACUGGCGACCGCGCUGGCGGCCUCGGGGGCUUCGCCAUGAACGCGCUGAUGGGCGGCAACAAGCAGAACAGCGGCCAUGGAGGCGGGUCGAACAACCUCGUUGGCCAGCUCGCAAGCGGCCUGCUAGGCGGCGGAAAGCAGUCGCACGGGGGCAGCAGCAGCGGGCACGGCGGCGGAUCAAGUGGCCUCGUCGGCCAGCUGGCGAGCGGUCUGCUUGGUGGAGGAAAGCAGAACCAUGGCAACAGUCAAUCUGGACAGUCCGGCCAUUCGAGCUCGAGCGGCGGCGGCCUUGGUGGUCUGCUCGGCGGCGUGCUGGGCGGCGGUUCGCACAACAAGCCCUCCGACAGCGGCUACGGCUACAGCCACAACGCCUCCUCGGGCAACACCUACGCCGGCAGCGCCCCGCCGACGUCCUACCAGCCCGGCGGCUCGCACGCCUCGACGCCCGCCCACAACGCGCACGCCUCCCCGCCCCCGGGCCAGUACGGAGCGCACGACCAGCACCAACAGCCCGGCGGCUACGGCCAGCACCAGUCCUCCGGCUACGGUGGCCAACAACACCAGUCCGCAUAUCCGCCCUCCAGCCAGUCCUACGGCUCCCCCGGUCCAAACCAGCACCAGCAGUCGUCCUACGGCGGGUACGGCGGCGCACCUCCGGGCCAGCAGCACGGCGCGCCUCCGUACGGCCAGCAGGCGGGGUAUGGCGGGACCGUGUAUCCCCCGCAGCAGCACGGCGCGCCGCAGGGCCAAUACGGGCACAACGCGCCGUAUGGCGGGCCGCAGAAUUACGACCAGCAUCAGCAUAAUCAGUACGGGGGUGCGCCGCAGCAGUACCCGCCACCGCCGCAGCAUGGGUAUGGCGGGCAGGGUGGACAUCAGCCGCCUGCGCCCGGGUGGUAG